AUGGCGAACGACUGGGCCAGCGGCGGGUGGAUCAAGCGGCUCCUCGCGGAGGACUUCUCCGCCAGCUGCAAGGAGGACCGCUUCUGCGUUCCCUGCGCCGCCGCCUUCUGCCACCACUGCUGCGGCGCGCACCACCGCGGCCAGGGCCACGAGGUCGUCGUCCGCGCCGAAGCCGAACCCGGCAGCAGCAGCAGGGGCAGGGACUCGUUCUGCGUGAGCUGCCGCGCGGGCUUCUCCGCCGCGCUGUGCGCGCACCACAGCGGCCACGACACCUUCCGCAUCGACGUCUGCGACGGCCGCUACUGCGCUCGCUGCACGGGCUCCGAGCCCUGGUUCCACGUGUUCGACGGUAUCGAUAGUCAGACGAUAGAUGACGUCGGGUGCCAGCCACCAACUUGA